AUGGUGAUGCAGCUCUUAGCCGGCAGCAGGAUUAUUGACGUGGACCUGACGCUGAAAGAGGAUAAGAUCCUGUUCCAGGGCGCGCAGAAACUGUUCGGCAUGCUUAUCACCAUGGGAGAGGCUGUGGCCUAUGUCAUGAGCGGCAUGUACGGCAGCCUUCGCGAGAUCGGAGCGACCAGUGCUAUCCUGAUCAUCCUCCAGCUCUUCUUUGCUGGCAUUGUGGUGAUUCUCCUGGAUGAGCUAAUGCAGAAAGGCUACGGCAUGGGCUCCGGUAUCUCGCUGUUCAUCGCGACGAAUAUCUGCGAGAGCAUCAUCUGGAAGGCUUUCUCGCCGACGACAAUGAACACUGGCAAGGGAACUGAGUUUGAGGGUGCCAUUGUUGCCACUUUUCAUUUCAUGGCGUCGAGGAGUGACAAAUUGAUGGCCUUGAAGGAAGCCUUCUACAGGCAAUCUGCGCCGAACUUGACGAACCUUUUCGCGACCGUGCUUGUCUUCUUCAUCGUGAUUUACUUCCAAGGUUUCAAAGUCGACCUUCCGGUGAAGUAUCAGAAGAUGCGAGGGUCGCAGGGCUCCUUCCCCAUCAAGCUCUUCUACACAUCCAACAUCCCCAUUAUUCUGCAGACGGCGUUGGUGUCCAACCUGUACUUCCUGUCGCAGCUGCUUUACAGGCGCUUCAAGUCUAACAUGCUGGUGAACUUGCUCGGCCAGUGGCAGGAAGCGGACUUCGGUGGGCAAUCCGUGCCGGUGGGUGGCUUCGCCUACUACAUCUCGCCACCCAGCAGCGUCUCGAACAUCUGGGAAGAUCCACUUCAUGCACUGAUCUAUGUGUCCUUCGUCCUCAUCUCUUGCGCGCUGUUCUCCAAAUUUUGGAUUGAGGUGUCUGGGUCCUCGCCCAGGGAUGUGGCGAAGCACCUGCGAGAUCAGUCCAUGGUGUUCAAAGGCCACAGAGAAGAAUCUUUGCCCGGGGCUCGGAAGUCUUACCUCUUUCAUCAGUACGGAUCACUCUUUGGACCACUCCGGCUACUCGGUGGGUGUACAUUAGUGUAUAUGCCUCAGCAUUCACGGGUCUCCCCACUUCUCCUCCAAGUCUGUAUGAUCGGGUGUUGCCCUGUCUUCAGCAAAAGCACAGUAUGA